AUGGAUCAAGAUUAUAAUCGAAGUUCAAACAAAAAAUCCCUACCAAGUUUGAUAAAAUCUUUGAAAAAGAUUGGCAAGAAGGAUAAAUUAUAUUGUCAGAAUCCAAGUUGUAAUAAUGUAAUCAAUGAGAAUGGAGUCAUAUAUAAUUAUUGUAGCGAUAGUUGCCAGUUGGCAGGCACUCAUCCUCUCGAAAAUGAUAACUCUGGGGAAGAUGACUUCUGGUCUUCGAGAAAUAACCGAGAUAAGACCGCGAAUUCAUACAACUCCAGUUCUAAAAAUAAUGAUUCGUAUGCGCAAUCUUCUUUCCAAUGGAACGCUACUCCUUGGCAGGCCGAAUCACCAGAGGAUUACCCCGUAUGGUACAAUUCUACCAUUGAUAUGAGGUGGAAACCUCAGAAAACGAAUGACAAAAGCCGUACAAGUCCAUCAGGCAAAACUUCUGGUGGAGAAAUUGAGUGCCCUGUCUGCACAUAUUACAUUUCGCCAAAUAGAAACGUAUGUGAUAUGUGUGGUACGGUGGUUAUGAACGGAGACAACAAAAGAGAUGGUCGUGAAAAGGAAUAUCCGGACGACCAGUACUUAAACUCACCAAAUUCAACGAAAUCAAAUGACGCGAGGAAGAACCAAUUCGAGUAUGACGAUGACUAUCCCGACGACCUGUACGUAAAAUCAACAAAGUCAAAUGACACGAGGAAGAACCGAAUCGAUCAUGACGAUGACUACCCUGACGAUCUCUACGUGGGCUCGCCGAAAUUAAAUAACACAAGGAGGGAAAGAGUCGAUUACGAGGACGAGUACCCUGACGAUCUCUACGUGGGCUCGCCGAAAUUAAAUAACACAAGGAGGGAAAGAGUCGAUUACGAGGACGAGUACCCUGACGACCUAUAUGUAAGCUCGUCGAUAUCGAAUAACACAAGGAGGGAAAGAGUCGAUUACGAGGAUGAUGAAUACCUUGACGACUUAUAUGUAAGCUCACCGAAAUCAAAUGACACAAGGAGGAAGAUGUUGGAUUACGAGGAUGAUGAAUACCUUGACGACUUAUAUGUAAGCUCACCGAAAUUAAAUGACACAAGGAGGAAGAUGUUGGAUUACGAAGAUGACUACCCUGAUAACCCGUACGGCUCAUACACUGUAAAGUCAUUAAGGUCAAGUGGCACAAGGAAGAAGGUGGUCGAUUACGAAGACGACUACCCUGACGACCUGUACGUGGGCUCUUCAAAAACAACGAGGUCAAGUAGUGUAAAGAAGGAAAAUGAGAGAAGUAUCGAGUAUGAGGACGAUCUAUAUGUCGGCCCUGUGUCUUCAACUGCGAAAUCAAGAAGGCAACAAUUGCCAACCCCUCCGCUCCAAACGCCAGAUGAAACCGACCAGAUUCCAUGUCAUUACUGUCUAUAUAUGAACCAUCCUCUGAUGGUGAAUUGUGAGAGAUGUGACGAAAGAUUGAAUAAAGGCUUUGAGGAAACUAGCACCCAAGAUGAACUUCUAUUACAACUCGCGGCCGAGCAAUUUGAAGAAAUGUCGAAUGAAUUCAAAAUUCAAUGUUCAAAGUGUUCGUUUCUUAACAAAGGUUAUGCGACCCAAUGUGAAAUGUGCUUUCUACCCAUCAUCGAUGAUCCUUUCACCGCAGAGGAAGCUUCAAAUAUGAUACAAUGCCCUGGUUGUACGUUUAUGAAUGAUUCAUCGGUAAUCACUUGCGAAAUGUGCAAUAAAGAGUUACCAGGUGCCGCCGAACUGAAGAGGGUAUAUGAGGAAUUUUAUAACUCUACUACACGAAUCGUAAGAAUGAAUCAGAAUGAUCCGGACUAUAUUGCGGUGCAACAAAGAUUCCUCGCAGGAAUCCCAAAUGCAAAGAUACAAGCAAUACUUCGAAUGAAUAUGCCGAGGAGGCUCGUCGAUGCACAUGAAAAUUACAAGAAUCAAACUCGUCAGAUUGUUCAUCAGAUGUUUCAUGGAACCAGAGUGGCGUGCAACCCGGAGAAAUAUUACGACAAUAAUGCCGAACUGACCUUUUGUGCCACGGGCUGCGGACUUUGUGGAAUAAGUCAGAAUGGCAAUCUUUGCAGCGUUAGUAAACAUAGUGGACGAAUGUGGUUCGCGAGACACUCCUCCACUUCUCUUGGAUAUUGUGGAUCAGUGCAGAUUAAAGCCAUGUUUUCAGUUGAUGUGGUAUCUCCUUCUACCACUCCUCAAGAUAUCAUCAUUGUUGACAAAGAAGCCGUAAGAAAAGUGAAUCGUAAUUCAUCAUAA